GGGCCGUUAAUACAGGCCUACACUAGACCACGCCUUUUAGCUACUUUUCUCCUUCAAUACGCGCGAUCUCCUUCUACGAGCUUAAAACCGAGAAUUGGGACGUUACUGCGCCGUCAAUUCACAGAAAGACAAGCGUGUCGAAGUGAGGAGGAGGCAGAGGAUGGGAAGAGGCGCGCAUGGAGGAGGAAGGGCGGCGGUGCCGGGGUGGCUGGGGAGGCUGGUGGAGGAGAGCUUCUUCGUCGGGUGCGGGGCCCACGAGAGCCGCAAGAAGAACGAGAAGAACAUCUUCUGCCUCGAUUGCUGCUCCAGCAUCUGCCCCCACUGCGCCCCUGCGCACUCCAGCCACCCUCUUCUCCAGGUGAGACGGUAUGUGUACAACGAUGUGGUUCGAUUGGAUGAUCUCGAGAAGCUUAUAGACUGUUCUUUUGUGCAGCCCUAUACCAUCAACAGUGCCAAAGUGGUGUUUCUGAAGCCAAGGCCUCAGUCUCGGCCUCCCAAAGGCUCAGGAAACAUUUGCCCGAGCUGCGACAGAAUCCUUCAGGAGCCCUUCCACUUUUGCUCCCUCUCCUGCAAGGUAGAGCACGUGGUGUCCCGAGGAGAGGACUUGUCGAGCAUACUACUCCGGUUCAACGCGUCGGAUUUCGCCUUCUCCCACUUCGAGGACGUCGGCGACGGCCAGUUCACGCCGAACUCGAUCCUGGAAGACCCUGCGCCGCAGUACAACGGCAGCGAGUCCGGCGGCGGCGGCGACGGUGGGUUCUUCCCCCAGAUUAACGUGCUGUCGUUGAGCAGCAGGAGGAAGGGAGCUCCUCACCGGUCUCCCCUCUCCUAAUGCACGGCCAUCAGGCACCACCGCUAGCUGCUAUCGUAAUACGUAGCUAAUCAAUUUGUUUGCGUCUAAGUAGAAAGAGUGUUUGGUUGCUGGUGCUUCCCGUUACUGUCUAGGUGGGCACUGUGGAUGCACGUCUCGCUGCUCAUCAAUUUUGUUUCCAUGUAACAGGAUGCAUUCUUCAAUCUCUUAUUAAAAAAAAAAGAUCGAUUAAACCGAAUUAAAAAAAAAAUGGUAGAGAAGCGAGCCACGGGGCAGUUGACCGCAACAAAACAACGAGGUUCCCACUCCCAAAACCUCCCUGUCUUGCUCUUUUACCUCUGAAACUGCACCCACACGCCGGCUCGCAGUGCUGUCGGUGAGCAGAGCAGAGCACCGCCAUGCCAAAUCGAUCCAGUUUCCUGCGUUGUGGCAUUUGCUUAAUCAGGGGUGAGUGUGACUGCAGCAGCGCCAGAAUUAACUAGUUGAAUAUGCAGAGGAAGAAUAUCUCGGAUAAUGAACAUGUUAAUUUGUUGCUUGCGGCAGCAAGUUCAGCUGUUCGUACGUGUGUAUCGUUUUUUAUUUCUGCUAUGAAUUAGUUUCGACCUAAGAGAAUUUGGAAUUUUC